GGGCGCGCUUUCUUGAACCUUCUUGUGUUCCCUUCGUGUUGGAACGGUCAUAAAUUUUAGUAAUGUUCUGCAAUGGAGCGAAAGUCCUUGAGCACAAAGAACAGGAAAUCUAAGGUAAUGUAGUGCUUCAUCGUGACAAAGUGAGACAUACACGUUUGACCCUCUGUAUGGGUACUGCGGUCGAUGUCGAUUUCCAUCAAAUCGUUGAUUUGUCAACGAAAUCGUCGCUUGCAUAUCAAGAAUUGUUUUGCAUGAUAGCACUAUCAGCAAGCUCGAGCAACCCCGACGACGACGACAGAAACGAAGAAAUAAAAAAAAGCAAACAGGUUUAAUCUGUUUUGUGAGCAAAACAAAGGUACAUUACACUUCUUGACUACAUUUCUUUGCUGUUAUGAUCAGAAUGUCAAUGCAAUAAUCGGUCGCGAAUCGCUUUAAUCUUCAGCGAUCGUUUCGUCAAUAGCGAUCAUCGCAACUUCGAUUUCGUCGGAAGUACCCACAGAGAGGCUCUCGUUUUAAUACUUAGAUUGUUGUUACAAGUCAAGGUUGUUCUUUUCAUAAGUUUUUAAAUAAGCUUAUAAAGCCUGUGUUGUAUAAAUUCGUCUGGGUGGGAAGAAUUUUACCAUUUAGGCUAGGAUCUCUUUCUUUCAAUCCCAAGAGUAACCUCAUUAUGAUUAAUUUUCCUGAUUCCAAUCCGUAUUAGGCCAUCCCAAUUUAAUGCUUCGUUUCCCAUCGCCCGACCGACCCAUUUUUUUGGAAAAGUAAAAAAAAAAAAUUCCAGUCUCACUUGUAAAGAAGCAAGUACUUUAAUUUACAAGCACACGAUCUUGUCUUAUUAACACCAGUUGUCUUAAAUUAUCAUCGAUACUUCGUUUUUGUAGCCUUUUUAGACAUUUGAUAGUCCUGUUAAUAUACAUCUUUUACCAUCUGAUUAUAUCUUGCAGACUAAACGUGAGAUUUAAUAUGCAACCAUGUGUUCAUUCUGUUUUUUUGCCCGACCGACCAACCCACCUUCUCGAAAGGGAGGGCGAUGGGAAACGUAACAUUUUAUUGGGAUGGCCUUACGAUGAUGCAGUUACCAAUACGGUACCAACAAAAUGGCUCCUUGCAAUUGAAACAGAAUAAUAAGAAUAAGCUUAACAAGUUACAAGCAAAAUUAGAUUUAAUUUACAGACUUAAGAUAGAACUACCAUAUCACACCAGCUUUUCCAGCCGCAGGUGUCCCAAGCUCACAUUACACAGGGCUGUCAAUAAGGGCUGGUAGCCGGCCAAAACCGCCAUCUAGUUAGCCAUCCUUAGCAGGCUACUUUCAUCUCCUUCUACAAUAACUGCUAACAAAAAAUAAUCGCCUUCGAGAAAAAUUGUAAAGAAUUGGUUUCCCAGUUUUGAAUGACAUUGAACGCAUAUUGAAACAGGUUUGGAUCUGUGAAACGUUCAAAAUGUGCAAUGUCUUGGAACGCCUGGGACAUUUUGACGGCAUUGUUCCCAGUCUUGUGUGUAUUCCCGGGCUUCUGAUAUUUUGCGCGGUCAAGGAGCCGCAAAAUCCCGCGAAAUUCACGAAGACACACAAAAUACCGCGAAAUGCGAUAGCAAUCAUAUCAAAUACAUGUCUGUACACCAUAAUUAUUUGAAACUUAUUUUGGCUAUUAGGGCUGUUUACUUGCCAUAAACUUGCAAAUUUAUCUUGCAAGUUCAUCACAGAAAUUAGCUGCCCAAACAACGUGCCAAAAACUACCAGGCGUAGAUCAUGUGGCGAAAAACUGGGCACUAGCCAUGAUAUAAAAGCUUUGCCAUUGGCUCAUUUCUCAAUGGUAUUGUUGAAAGAGCAAAUCAUUAUAUCUGUUUAAAAAAAAACGUUGAAAGCGCUGGGUCAGAUUACCACAAAACCGAUCAAUUUUUAGCGAAGUUUGCCAAGAAAAUUCCCACAAAAACAGCCAUAUUUUAUUGAUUGUUUGUCAGCAAAGUUUACCCCAAAAAUUCCCAUGAAAUCAGUCAAUUUUUCUGCUAAUUUGUCCCUAAAAAUUCUGAGAAAUUUGACUUUUUUCCGCGACCUAUCAGAAGCCCUGGUAUUUUGACGAAACAACAUGGCAUCCUCCUGAAAACCCCUGGAAACGCCAUUUCCGAGACUCUAAUUUUCAAAAUGUCCCCAGUUCCUCAGCCCUCAAGAACUUGUGCCUUUUGUGCGAGUUCCAAAGCCGCCUACUAUUCAUUGUCAGCCUGCCUGUACUUAAAACGUUUUUGACAGCCCUGGUUACAGGGGUGGAAUGUAAUUUACCUUGCUUAACCCCUUGAACUCCAUUAUUUGUCUUGUGAAUGGAGUAACAGGAGUUAGGUAAUCAAGCCAAAGAGUUGCCCACAUCGGUAAUUUCACACCUAAGAUUAAUCUUCUUAAUUCAUUCUAUUUAUCAAAAGGUAAAUUAUGAUGAUAUUUAGCUUUCGCAGACCUUAGUAACACAAUACUGACUUACUCGUGUCACAAAAUGCACAUUGCAUUCCACCCUCAUAAUGUGAGCUUGGGAUACCUGUGUUCCAACCCAUAAAUUAUAGUUUUUUUAGGUCAGCUUGUUGUGUAAUCAAUGGUUCCUCUACCAUUGCCUUCUUGUAUGUGUAUCCCGGUUGUCUACAUAAAUGUUUUCUCAUAUCUGCAUAUUAAGAGUUUCAUUCUUUACACAGGAAAAACCAUUGGAUGGUGCACCCAGUACAAAAAGCAGUAACACCAAAGGGAUAUUGAAGGAUGCUGUAUCAAAUAAAUCCAAUCUUUCUGUCCAUCGAUCACCGCUUUCAAAAAGUGGAAGUUACCUGGGUAUCCUGGAGAAAUCACAUGACCAAAAUGAAAGCUUAGGCUUUCAUUGUUCUUUUGAAACUGAUGGCAGCCCUGCAGAGGAUAUUGACAUUCCUUGCACCCAGCCAGUAACACAAGAUAAAAUCCUUGAAGGUAUGUAUAUUAAUUUUUUCAACUUUGUUACUCCAAUAUUUUUGUUGCUCAUGCUCAACUCAGUUGUUACUAUAUUUUGAUGAUUCUGAUUACAAUUCUAUACACCAUUUUUUUUUCCAGUGAGUUUACAAAGACAUGUUUAAGUGUAAGGACCCUAUAAAAACUGGAGGGGCAGUUUUCUUAAUUUAUUUGUAGGUGUGCAGAAGGUUUGACUAAAGGUCCUGUGACUUGAACCCAGCCCUAGUCUUAGCAUCUUCAGUUGCACCCAUGCCUUCACCUGCAGAUUAAACUUGAGCAUAACUAUACAUGUAGUAGAGAGGGGGUGAUCAUAUUACUUAAACUUCACUUCAGCUCCUCAUCAAUAGAUGGGGGACAGUGGUUGUGGGGGAAGGUGAGACCAGUUGAGCCAGGAAGUAGAGGCCACAAGUAUUUGCAAUAAGAGGGGAAUCGAACAGCUACAAAAUAAUGUAGGAAGUUCUUUUGCUUCUUUUUCCCUUUUUUUUCUAUGAACGUAUUCAGGGAACAUGCUCAUACUGUACAUUGCAACCAUGACAACCUUGUGGGUGGCAACCACUCUGAAAAAGUCAGUAAAUAGGGAACAGUCAAACUUAGCAUGCUACAGUGUACAUGUACUUACAUGCACCUAGGGUAAGAUGGGCAUGGAGCUAACAUGUACAUUUAAACAUGGCGUUUGCAGGAAAACAGUCAUCAUUUUCUUAUUGUCCCCCAAUGAACCAUAGAAACUGCACUUAGAGAUUACAUUGUACCAUUAUUGCAAAAUAAUUAUUUUUUUUAUCUGCUCUUACAGUUUUAAUAAUUUAUUCUGAGUUUAGGCUCCUCAUGUGAUUUUGUGUAUUUGCAUUUUCCUUGUUAAAUAGAAUUCUUCUAGGCAAGGCCAAAUGAAAAGGGUGCUCAGUUUUACUGUAGUCACAUUAGAGAGAAUGUAUGAAAGUUGCUAAAAUUAGGCCUGAUCUCAGGUUGAAUACAGUGUGUCAGGCAAUGUGCUUUUUGAUAAAUUGUUAUGCAGGGGUUGUGGCUUUUAUCGAGGUGCGUUCUAACACUGAAAACAGAUUUGAAGGAAUCUCUAAACAAAUGGAAAUGCUUGGAGCAAAGGUAAAGAUUUAUAACCUAUUAAAAAUCAUGAAUGUGUCAUGCAGAUGUACAUGUUGCAGUUAUUUUUUUAUUUCAGUUAAUUUUAUAUUAAUUUUCCUUUGAUUUAAAUUUAUUAGCAUUCAUUACCAUACCCAAAAACAACAGAAAAAUAAAAUCAUCUGAGAUAAAAAAAUUAACUACAACAUACAUAUGAAAGAAGUUUCAGCACUGUUUAUGGCUUCGCUUUGCUAAAAUUGUCCAGCAGCCAAGAUAAAAGUUACCCUUUCUCUCUUUCUUCCUUCCAGAAACAUUGUACCAUGACAAAGGAUUAAUAGUAAAUCUUUUCUCCCCUCUUGUUGUGUUUUUAUGGUCGUCCAACCCAGUUUUCCUGGGAAAUGCAUGUACGGUCAUGGGGCCAUUACAUGACUGUACUGUAUAUUUCAAGUAAUGAUAUCUGAUAGAGCUGUAAUGAAGAAUUUAUCAAGUUAUUCAAUUUAAGUAAUUUUAUUUAUCUAUUUGUGAAUGUAGUGUAAGCAUUGUUUUCUACAUGUUCACUGUACACAUACACACAUUAAAAAUGGUUCAAUCAAACCUGGUAACAGACUAUUUAUAAUAUAAAGAGAUUGUGAGGUGUUGAUCAGUAAUUUCUUGCCUAGGUGGUGAAGAAGUUGGCUCCAGAAGUUACUCAUGUGGUAGGUGUAUAUUACUGGCCUUACCACCUUGUACACCCAUGUAAGAAUUAGCCAUGAAAAAUCUUAAUUCAUUCUUGUUUAGGCUUGUUUGUUGUCAUUGUUUGUUUAUUUUGUUUUGAAUCUCUCUUUUUUAGCUUAAACUACUUACGCUGUACUAAAGUCAGCGAGACAUUUUUCUAUCUGCUAUUUGUACUCUAAGAUAACGUUUUGAGAAUUGAUUCCCUUUUGGCCCAAAAUAGUGGAGGCUAGUCAAUAUUUUGUUGAGAAGAGUGUGAUUAUCUGCACAAAUAAGAGAUUUUUCCUUUCGACAUCCUUUCCCCUUUUUGUAGUAAUCCUUCCUCAAAGUCUAAAAUAUUACUGCUAAUUUUAAGCUUGUGUGUGGCAUAAUGAUCUUCUUCCUUGCAAUUUGGGCCUGAAUUCUGCAGCAUCAUUUUGUCAUUUUAGAAGAAUUAAACUUCCUCAACAACUAUGCAUGUAGAUGCAACUCAUUUCUAAACAUUAUUUUAUAUUCACUGUUGAUGUUUGUCCUUAAUGCCUAUUUUUCCCUAGACAAAUUUGAGCAAUUUUGAACUUCUCCUUUCCAAAAAUUAAAAAUAGUGAUAAUAACAUAUAAUAUUCCGAGCAAUAUUAUAUAAAUAUUUGAAGUGUUCUAUUUUAAGAAUUCUGUCUUUUCUUCAGGUAUUCAAAGAUGGAAAGAAAACAACAAGAGAGAGGGCAUUAAAGAAAGGCAUUCACGUGGUGUCUGUGCUGUGGGUUGAGAGCUGUCGGCAGAGUGGUAAACGUGUAUCAGAAGACCUCUUUCCUGUUGUGGUUCCUGAACAAGCUAUUACCCCACUCAUGGUUGGUCGUCUUAAAAGAACAAAGUCCAUGCAACCUAAAGCUUUUGAGGAAGAUGUACAGAACAGUGCAGGUAUGUUUAGCCUUGUUCUGUGAAAUUUUACAUUAGGUGAAAACUAGGAGCCUUCUUUAAGAGGGUACCAGUUUCCAAAGGUCACUGAAUGCAAAAACAAAAAUAAAGUUUGAAAAUGACUUUAUCUUUAUUAUAUUACACUUAGACUAGAGUAUACAGUCAAUUUAAAGGUUUUAACAGCUAGUUUUAACUAAUCCAUUGUAAACAGAGAGAGGAGAGAGAAGAAGAAAAAGAAAGCUUCAAGCAGAAAAUGCCACUCCCACAGGUAUACAUGUAAUUAGACAUUAACUGGACAAACCUAAAAUGAUAAUAAAGGCAGAGGUCCUGUGAAAUACAAGGAGUAUUGCAUGAAAAAAAAAGAUCUUUAAUUAAUUUAUUAAUGUUAUGUUUAUAGUUAAGAGCUCCAGGCAAGUUCAAAAUGGGUAAACGUAUGACAAUUGAUACUCAUAUCAUGCUAUUCAGAUUUCUGAUGGUGAACAUGAAUACCUGAUACUUCUGGAAUCGUACAGAAGAUCACUGUGUAUUCUUGUCAUGCACGCAAUUAGGAGAGUGAAAAAAUAUACAAAGAGCAAGUCAAAAAAGCUUGCUAACCACUUGUGUGAAUAUGCUCACCUGUUCUUAGAUGCAUUUUCACUUUACUUUAUCUAAUUUUCAUUUUUUAUUUUAUUUUUUGUUCUAAAGCUAUGGUCUUUGCUGCAGAAACGCAAGAUCCUCAUAGCCCAGUAAGUUUAACUAUUAUUCCUCAUUGAAAUCAUUAUGAAUGUAUUGAUCAAAGCUGACCUUAUUUUGUAACAAAAAUUUCAUUUCCUUUUCUUUUUCCUUCCUUUUCAGAUUGGCUUCAACCCUCCUAUUACACCCCACAUGAUACCAGACACACCCUGUCAUGACCUGGGAACAUCACCUCCUUUUGAUAAAGCAUUCAGUUAUGGCAAGUUUGUUUGUUUGUUGCAUACACAGCAUUUUUAUGUACUUAUUUGAAAAAUACUGUCUUGUAGCAGACAAAAAAUAUUGUGUUGUUUUUUUGCAAAAAUGUCCCCUGCCUCCCCCUCCCUAACCUACCCCCCCCCCCCACCCGUAUUUCCUGACUGAUUACUGCAUGCAUUGUAUGUUAUUGAUCUUGGAUUAGAAGGAGAAGAGUGUUAGUAUUUAAUGCUCAGAGCUUUCUUCUCCUUUCCUUGAAUCGUUUGGUCUACCAAUCAUCACCUUUGUACCAAACCUAGCCUGUAAACAGACGUUUUAUUUUUCUUUUCGUUCUUUUCAAAAACAUUGGCGAGCAAAGCGAACGCGCAAGAAAGAAAAAUAUCACCCGUGCUCGACAAACUUUGAAGAGAAAAUGGAGGGUCUGUGAACAGGCUAUACCAAACCUCAAUGCCAUCCUUUUCUCUACUGUUAACACUGUGGCAGGUACCUGGGUGAGUCUGUUUGGGUUCACAUGGCUGGGUUGCAAGGGUUGCCUGUCGUGGGAACUUGGUGUACAGUGCUGCAAAUGAUCCCCAAAAUGGACAGCAGAUGAUAGACAAUGGGGAUCAUUUGCAGUCGAGGAUCAUUUGCUGUACUGUACUUUGUUUACAAUCUUCAUGUACAUGUAGGUGCUGUCUAGUCUCAGUGGGGAAUAAGUGGGGAACCCAUACAUUCAUCCACCCAGAUAUUUCAUGCUGCACAAUCAAUGUAGUUGCUAAAAUGAAAACAAGAAUAUUGGAUGCAAUAUGUGUCACUUACAAUGGUUAGUCGUUUAAUUGUUUGCCUUUUUCAUUCUCAAAAUCUCCAUGAUAAUUUUCUCUCAUAAACAGAUGUCGACAAAAGUGGUGAAAAACCUAAACCAAUUAAAUUCAGUGAAGAAGAGAAUGAGGAAUCUCCAGACAGCAGCGAUAAUAUUCCAUCAAGUAUAAGUAAACUAAAAAGGAGGUUGCUCAAAUGCACUCCAACAAGACCACCCAGUGUAACGCUCACCGAACCAAGGAUGACACCAGUUACUCAACUACAAAAAACAUGCACACCCAGAGAUGUUCUUCUGACAGGUCAGGAAUGACAUGUUUGGUAGAGAUACAGUUAUGACAGCCAACAGAUUGUCUGCCUUACACAUGCACAGGCACAUAAAAAUUCAGGUCACGAAACCAGCCAGCCACUGGUGUUUUAUUUUAUAGAGAGGAACCCACCUAAUUUGGGUGUCUGCGUGGUAUACAAAUAAUAGGGCCUUUGUAGUUAAUCAUUCACGUUGUACAACACCCCCGUGCUGGAUAGAAAGAGAUGCACUGGGAGAAGACAAACAAAGCAAAUAAAUGUUUUGUAUGAUUUUUGUUGAUUUAGUACCACAUGAAUUACUAACUGCAAAGGGCAUAUUAUUGGUAUUCAAGGCAGAAACCGCUAAUAGGGGAGUUCCUCUCUAUAAAGUAAAACAACACAGUGGCUGGUUGGUUUCACAAAAGGGCCCAUUGUUUUUAUUUUUCUCAACAAUAUUAUUAGUUGAGGAGCUUUUCUGUAUAUUUUCGAAAUUCUUUAGUGGAACUUGUCCAUUAGUUCAAACCGUUAGAAGGGCAAAGAAGACAAAUGAGUCAAGAGACAAGCGAGGAACUGAGGAACUGAAAUACCCCUAGGCACUACGGUGAAAUUUCCUUUGAAGUAUUCCUUUGCCUGCUUCACCCUCAAACCAAAUUGUGAAGUACAGUUACAGCAUUAGUGUUCAAGUUAACGCUCUCGAUAUACAAUUUAGUUCGUGUUGGGUUGACUAUGUGAUAUUUAAAGAAAGGACGAUUUGUACCAGUAAACAAAACAAAUCGCAAAAAGUUUCUCAAAGGUGUGGUGAUGUCCCUCUCUCACCCGACUUCCACUGGCGUACUACACUAUAGCUUGCAUGUACAAUGUACAACAGCAACUUUUACUUAGUUGGCUGGUCACUUAAAUAACGCCUUUGAAGUUCUUAUGAUCUCCAGCCUAAUAUUGUCUAACAUCAACAUUAGUCAAAGAUUUCUCAUUACUUUGAAUCGCAGGCUCUGAUCAAGGAAAGAAAAGAAAGAGGCAAGAUUCCACUAAAGAAUCACAAAGCGAGGAUAUCAAGGUAAGCGGGCCAAAGGAGAGAAAGAAAGUAAAGCUUGGGGAACAGGUUGAAUGCGAUCCGAAAAAUGUGAAGGGAAAAAGAAGCAAGACAGCAAGCACUGGAAGAAACGCGCAGAAAAAUGAAUCAACGGAUGGAAAAGCACACAAUUUAUAUCAAAAUUCAGGUAAGUGUUAGUUGUUUCAUCAGCAAAAUCAGUUCACUGUUACAUGUAUGUUACUCGAAUUACCACUUUGAAGGGCAAGGUUCAGUAAUUGUUGAUAAGUAAAAAAUUAUGAAUUUUAAGACAUUACUAGUAUCACAUAUUGUUUCACAAUCGUGACAUGACUUGAAGAAAAACCUUUUUCAAGCUAAGUAAUGUUUUAUAACACAAGAUAUCACAGGUUUGUGAAUCCGUCCCUAGACAGGUCAGUGGCUGCAAAAGGUGUACAAGAACUCUCUGUUCCCGAUUGUUUUCGACUGCUUGUAUGAAAAUGUUUUUCCUAUCUUUGAGCCGACGUUAAUUUUCUUUUAAAGGGAUAUGUUUAAAUCCAGCGGAAAGCAGCUCAGAAAGCACUAGUGAAGGUAAAAAACAAGCUGGUAUUCCAGGAAAGAAGAAAGGACAAGCAAAAGCAAAGACAAAGAUCGUCGAGUGUCACACGAACGAUGGAGAAGAUUUAGAUUCUGAUUCUGGAGUCUCCAUUGUGGACGGAAACGUGAAAGGCUCCAUCACAAAUGGCGACCAGCCCAGUCGAAAAAAGUUUUCGAAAACAAGCAAAAUUGUCGACCAGACAGGAGUAACUGAAGCUGAAUUGGAGGACGUUUCUGAGCGAAAACUGGUUGAGAAUAUGGCUAAAAUAGAACCGGUUGGAACAAAAAAGGAACAGAAUUUAAAUAAGGGAACAAAAAAAGGCAAUGGGAAAAAAUUUUGCAAGCCUGAAAAACUUAUCACUCAGGACAAACAGGCUAUUCGGAGCAAAGUCGUCAGUGAGGAAAAACUAGUAAAUGGGGGAAAACCGGUUGGUGACGAAAGUUUGCUCAGGCAGGUUAAUGGUUGUGAAGAAAGAAAAGAUGGUCAGGACAGAGAAAAGACAAUGAACGGUAGCUUAGUGGAAGAUGAAGAUGUUGAAAAUGAUGAGACGGGCACAGAAGAGGAAGAACAGCCAGGCGAAGAAAAAGGAAACAAAUCUGGGAAGAAACAGCGAAACAAGCUGGUAAAAAAAGUUAAGGUUAGAACGCAACCUUAGCUACUUACUUCAAUCCACAGAUGCAAGCAUUCAUUUCUCGGUGAAGCUUGUUUUGCACGGGGGGUUAGUUCGAAAUUAGCACUCGCAAUUUGCAGUCUCGCUAAAAGCUGGUUGGUUUUGGACGCUGCGUGUUAUAAGACCAUGCUCUAGCCAACGUUUGGCAGUAGGCAUCUCUCCAGAUGAAAUUUGAGAAAGAAGUUAAAAUUUCAAGAAUUUUGUGGCUAAAAAGCUAUGCAUUACACACCCUUCGAUAGUACGAUAGAACAAAUAUAGGCUGCAUGAUAACUACUAACCUACGAGUUUUGUGCACAACUUUUUUUAAUAUUUUUAGCUGCACGUUUACGUCCUUUUUUGUUAAGCUUAGGUAAUUACUUGUUUCUCUGGUUUAAAAAAUCUUGCGAGAAAAGUUUUGCUAGUGAACUUGAAGUCCGGAAGUUGCUUGAACGCAAGUGAGCUAGAUACCUACAUUCACUACAUCAGUGUACACUAGUCUACAGAUAGGCUAGUUUUACAGGAUUGGAAUACAAUCCAGGCCCCAGUUGAUCGAAAGGUGGAUAGCGCUAUCCACUGAAUAAAUCACUAUCCAACGGAUACGCAAUUAGUUUUCGUGUACUUAUCUUCUGGAUAGCGCUAUCCAACUUUUGAACAACCGCGGCCAGGUAGAUAUAAAUAUCAGUUCUAAUAGUUGUAUUGCGGCGAUGUUAGCGCGUAAAAUGUGAAGCUGAAUAUAAUUUCUUUUUUUUUUUUUUUUGUUCUUGCUUCUUUCACAUUCUUGUUUAUGAAACUUUUAAUAAUGUCAAUAACAUUGAUUUCUCGGUCCGCAGCCAAAGCGUUCCAUUGUAAUGACCAGUAUGCACUUUGGGUAAGUGAUCGUUUGACUUCUUUUAAAUCACUCAGAUCUCAGUUAGUGUUGAAGUGAGGUGCUAUAUACUAAUUCUCAACGUGUCACCUUCCUUUAUUCUUUCAGCGAGCAAGAUAUUGUUCUGUCUGUUGUUCGUAAGCUGGGUAGCUUUUUCAUAGAGGAUCGAGUCUCCUCUUCCACAACUCAUGUGAUCGCUGGGAGUCCUCGCCGCACGUUAAAUGUGCUGAUGGCUAUUGCGCAAGGCUGUUGGCUAGUGUCGCCUAUGUGGGUAAGAAAGUACAGCUUAUUUUUCAAAACUGGAGUAUUAGCGAUAAUAUCUUGCACGUUAGGCCGCGCUCCCGUUUGGCCUUGUAUAGCUCAGCAGGUAGAGCAACAAUGAUCUCAGCUGUAGAUUACGGGUUUGAUUUCCCAAACUAUGGUAAGGGAUUUGUUUCUUCUAUCCUUGUAUAGGCCAUUUCCACAUUACUGAAGCUAUACUUACGUACUUACUUACUUUACUCUUUCCCAAAGGGGCUUUUGAGUUCGGUUCUAAGUCUUUUUUCCGUGCGCUCGGCAAUGAUAGAGACUUAAUUUUCAUUUGAGUUGAAGAAUAUCAUGUGAGGUAGACUUCGAAAAGUAAGAUUUAUUUGAGGGUGUCAGUGGGGUGUACCUACUCAGUAAACCGCUAAAAUGCCCCUUUAAGUCAAUAGAUAGUAAAAGGUCGGCUUAGUUAGAAUAAAUGAAAAUAAAAAAGUAAAUUAAUAAAUACAUAACAAUAAGAGUGUACAAUAAUUGUUUGUCACACACAAUUAAGCUACUUUUAAAAUUAUAAUGAUGUACAAUUUAGACCGGCAAAACUUCAACCCGGCAAGCAGCACAUGAUUGUAACAGUCUUUCACUGUCAAUAUUAGGUCUCAGUCUGAAAACUACAACAAACCAACAAAAUUCUAAUACGUAGUAAGAGGUUACCAAAACAACUAUGUCUGUAUAAAACAAUGCCAUUUUUCCCAGAAAAUGCUCAAACUUUGACUUCUAUAUACACAUACGCUAAAAGCGACAUCGAUCUUUUUAUAAGACAGUCAGUUCGUAUUUUGUUAUUUAUACGUUUUUUUUACGAUAGCAAAACUUUUCUUUUUAGGCUAGACAGUUUAAAUUGACACUCGCUCAUAUGGGUUCAAUUACUUCCUUUUCGGAAUUCAUAACCCGCUAACUGGUCAGGAUAAGCCAGUCCGCUAGUUGAGCUCAGUUUCUGGUUUAGUUUGAGUCAUUCUCUGGUAUUCCUUGCAAGAAUGUGUCACGAUUUUUCCCUUACAGAUAAUGAAGUCUCUCGAAGUUGGUUAUUGGGUGGACGAAGAGCCUUAUGAAUUAUCCGACGCAUUUCCCGCCGCACAGGUAAAAAUUAGUGAUUGUUGGCUUGCGGUCCUUGCGGACUCCAUUUCCUGAGAAUUCCUGGCCCAUUUAUGCUCGGUAUCAUAACUUUUGGUACUUAGACAAAGUUGUAAAGGUUAUUUGUUGUGUAUGCGAAUAUGAGGCCUCGAGGGAAAAGUUUAAGGACGAGUUACGUAAUUGUUUCGGGAUAAAAAACAAUUCGGACGAUAGUUUAGCAGAUUUCGGACAACCGUUGUCGGAAUUUUGUACAAACGCAAAAAAGAAUUUGGUUAACAUUCGUCAUAUUCACCCAUCGUAACCUCACUCUCGGUCAAUUACGCAUGUGCAUGUGGCUAGUACAUGUGGAAAAUACCGGUACUUAUCGACUGAAGGUAGGUUAUGAGCCCGCGAAAAUCGGCACGCUCCAACCACCACCUCCACCAACCCAUGCUUUUACUGAAACUACUGUUCACUAACUUGGUGUAAGUCGAUGUGAUAUUGUCUUCCUGUUCAUAUUUGUGUUGUAGUUGUGUCGCCUCGAACGAGUCAGCGCUGGAUCAAGUUACCGGCAGGAACUUUUUGCUGAAUGUCCACCAAUAUUUUUGUCUGAGAAUUGUUCUCCCCCAAGCGAUUCCCUGAUUAAUCUUAUCAACCUCUGUGGUGGAAAGGUAAUGAACAUCAAGAACCAAAUGUCUUUGUUUUUGUUAUUAAACAAUGUCAAACUUGGAGGAGACUUUGAACUGCAUGAGGCGCACUAAACCACUCCUGCGGUAAUAGGAUUCUCCUCCGAAAAUUGAUUUGUGGGGGGAACCUAUGUCGCCUUCUUGUAGGUGGAAGUCUCUGAAAAUCACAAAAAGUUCGGAAGAGUUCGGCAAGCAAAUUCUGUCAAGUUCAGAACUUAUUCGUGUGUACGACCUGAUUUAAUAGGAGUAGUUUCCAAUUAGCAGAUAGACUGAUAGCGGCUGCCAGUGUCGCCCUUGUAUCCUGAUGUCCGAGCUUACUGAUAACAUGUUAAGAUAUACUGUUAAGAGGGCGCCUCUGUUGUCCUCUGAUACAAGACUCCUUCCACUAAGUGCAAUGACUGCGAGCGCUUUGUCAAGACGACAAAUUCUGAUCUGUCUCCACGAGCCAAAAAAACUACUUAACAAAAUCUCGCUUAUUAGUCUACAUGCUAAAAAAACUCGUCAACGAUACUUGUUCGUUGACAGCACAACUUAAAUUUAAGACUAAGUCAUAGCCUGUUCCAGGCUCUAGGCUAGUCACAACGAGCGAAAAGAAAAGCGAGGGUGAAAAAUGAAGGAGAGGAAAAGAGGGCGCUCUGUCUCUUCUCUGUUCUCGCCCGUUUAAUUUUUUCGCGCUCGUUCUUUGCCCGUCUCGGUUUACUUAGAACCUGUGGGGCUAAAUAAGGAAGUAACUGUUAUCCUUUAUUUAUAUCUAAGGUGAGCACAUCAGUCAGAAAGGCAGGCAUUUGUAUUGGUUCAAUGACAAGAAGAACACAAGCGGUCAACAUUACAGAGCAAUGGCUGCUCGGUGAGUUUUGUUCAUAGUUUCAGGCUUGGUCAUGUCUUUGUAAAGGUAUCAGGUGAACUCGUUCUAUGUCCUCAAACGCGGUCGUCGACUUAUGCGCACUGAGGCUAUUGGUUUGUUGCUGCUGGGUUGGUGGGUAGUUGAAAAAAAGGCCUACGGUAUUAUUGAGUGACUUUAAGUCAAAAUUGUCACAAUAAAACAAUUCAAAAGCUGGCGUUUUGAACCUGGCCCUCGUCAGCUGAGCGACAGUGGCGCCAGCAUUUCGGGAUUUUUCAGCUGUUGAAUCUCAUGACUUUGGUAAAUGCACUUUGAUGUAAAAUUAUCCCUCCAGUUGUAAUAACCCACCCGCGUUGGAUGCCUAAAGACUUAUAUUUAAUUAAUUUAAUCCAUUUUCACUGCAUACAAGUCAUUAUAAUCAGACACGAAGAGAGCAUCGGGGAAGGACUCGUAGGGAAAAGAAAACUGAACCAUACGAGUUAGUCCACAUAAUACCUUACGUUUAAAAAAAAAGAAAAAAAAAUUCUCAGGAAAACUAACACAUACAACACUUUAUGUUGUCAGUUUCUUAAUCUGCGCACACAGCAGCAGAAACACUGGUAUAUUGUGCGGGUUUUGCGCCCUUAACGCUCUUCAAAAUGAAUCGCAGCGGCGGUCUGACAACAAAGCGAAAAAACCCUUCCGUCCGCUACAUCUCCCUCGUUUAGCCAUUUCCUGUUCAAACCUUCGCUAGCGUACUGUUUACGUUGCAAAACUGGAAAUCUACUCUUAAAAAAGUUUUAUUCUUUGAACUCCGAAUUUUGUAGCGUUAUUUAAAAAAAAUAACGAUUCUCUUUCUCUCAGUGAAAAGUUUUGUAAAUCUGCGCUUACCUUUUCCUUGUAGAUUGCAUUACCGAGCACACAGUACUACCUUACGCUAACUACGCACUCAAUUCACCAGCAAAACGGCAGCGAGAAACAAGUCCGAGCUACUAGAGACAACAUGAUUUGUAUCAAAGAACAUAAAGAUUUGCUCGGUUUUGAGACUUAAGACAAAUCACCAGCAGGACGAGAAACAAUGUUUCUUCAUGCUUCCUACCUUUUGGGUGUAGGAUAAGCGAGUGGGCGUGACUGAACGCUGUUACUCGGUGACUUCUCAAGAAUAUAGCGUAAUAUAAUUAACUACUGGAUAAGUUUUAACUACAAAAUACGGUCAGUAGAGUCAAUCGGCACUUUUCACGCGUCUUUGAUCAACGAGAUUGCGCUAAUACGGCCUCUACGAAAAGUACGAAACUGAACGCCUGUUGCUAGACUCAGUUUACAAAUAUACCGUAUUAGUACAAACUAAAUCACUGGAUGGGGCUACCUGCACAAACCAGCAGUCAAGGAACUAAAUGAACCUUUUACACGCGUCUUUUAUGAACUGGACUACCCUGUUAGGUAGCGUUUGAGACCCAGGAAUAAACCUCUUUAGUGUAAACCAAACUAUUGCAUUAGUGUUUUGCGCCUGCUCUGCCGGUCUGGCUACUCUGGAUUAGAAUUGGGUGGUUACCUCAUGGCAAUGUCCGCAAUUUAGCGCGCCUGACCUUAAUUACCUAUUGGGACGAGAUGCCCACUCUAGCAGUAUUUACGUGCAGUGUAUACAAAAACGUGAGUAAGACUAGUUAAAGGUGAAUACCGUAAAGCUGUAAGCGGCAGUAAUCGUAACUGUAAUCGUGAAGUUACAUUAUACCAGAUCAGUCACUCACAUCCGUUGGAAAAUGACCACUUCCCAGGGUAUUCACCCCCCUCUCCUCCAGCUGGUGAAUGCCCCA